AUAAUAAUAAUAAUAAUAAUAAUUUUAGCAACAAUAGCAAUAUGAAUCACACUACUAACAAUGAGGUAAGUAGUAUAGAGAAAAGAAUAACUAUGGAAAAAUUGGAUCCAGUGACAAAUCAAUCACAUCAUAAUAAUUUUGUAAAAAACACCUUAUCGAAUGAAGUGUAUAAAGAAAUUUCACCUCGAUCAAUACCUACUGAUGAGAUUACUUCAGGUUCAAAAUUCUAUACUACUACUACUACUAAUAAUAAUAAUAAUAAUCAUCAAUUACAGAAUGAACGUAUUAUAACUAUUAAAGAUUCAGGAGUAUUGACUAGUCAAGCUAAUACAGUUCAGUGUAAAUCUUCCCCAGGAAAAAAUUCUCCCACACUCAGCUUAAAUAUUGAUUCUGAUGGAUAUGGAUGUUCAGCGACAUCAUUGACAGUUGUUGCACCACGUGUAGCACCGAAACCAAAGUUACAUGAUACCGACAGAAUUCCAUCGGAGAAAAAGAAUAAUCCCACUGUGAUCACAUCAGAAAUACGUCAUAUGAAUAGUAAAGUAUCAAGUAAUUUAUCAAAUACAAUGAAUAUGAAUUCUUUACUAUUGAACAAAAAUUCAAACAAUAUUGAAACAUUGAAUAAUAAUAGUUCAACAGAAUCUGCCACUGAUUUAUUUCCAAAUUUAGUCAAAACUCGUGAUACACCAAUUCCUAAUGUUAAAAGUUUAGUAUCAUAUUUCUCAGAAUUAAUCCGAGUUCAUAAUGAUGUACAAGAGUUGAAUCAAUUAUCGCUGAUUGAUCAGUCAGACAUGAUAAAUAAAGAAAAAUUUUCUGAUUAUGAUGGUACAAAUCAUCAUAAACAUCAUGAAAUUCAUGAUGAAAAUGAAGAUGAAUAUGAUUUAGAUAUACCAGCAAGUAUAUCACCAUUUUUAUUACAUCAUGAAACACCUACUGCACGAGAACGUCGUCUACAAGCUGUGGAAAUGUUAAGACGUCGUUCAACAAUUCAUAUGAAUUAUGAUCCUUGUAGAGUAUUUCCACCAGGAUAUAGUACUUCAACAUCACCAUUUUUUGAAAAAUUCAAUCAUCAUAUGAUCAGCGAUAACAAAAAUGAUUGUGAUAAUAAUAAUAAUAAUAAUGAUAAUAAUAAUGAUGAUAACAUUGAUCAGAUCAAUAAUAUAAAAAAGCACAAUGUUGAUCCAGUUCGUCGACCACUUUCAGCACCGAAAUAUCAAGUUCGAAUGCAAGCUAAUUUACAGAAAGACUCAACAGCUAUAGCUGCUCAAUAGAGGAAAGGAGGCUUUCAAUUUAUAAUUUUCUCAAUACAUAUAUAUUCAUACAUAGAUCAACAAUGAUCAAUUUUCUAUGGAAUUUGUUUUUUUUUUGAUCAUCACCUCUACCUCCUGCUUAAAAUCAUAAAAAAAAUUUAAUGAUUUACGAGAAUAUUGUCUCUAUAUAUAUUCCUUUAUUUUUUUUCCUUUCUGUUUCUUUACACAAUCAUGAGAAUGAUUGGAUGUGUUUUUUUUAAAAAUCCUCUUUAAGGUAUGAUUUUUGAAUAAAUCGAUUAUUAUUGAUUUCAGUUCAUGUAAUUUUGAUUGUUUCUUCAACAUCCACCUGCAUUGCAUUGUGUGUUCAUUCAUUGUUCAAUACUUCGCG